AAACUUAAGAGUGCUCCUCACUGCAUGACUGAAACACAUCCACAUGGCUGGGCGGCGGCUGGAGCGCGGCAUGGACCUGGACCAGAGUCAGCUCUGCUGUUCGGUCUGUCUGGACCUGCUGAAGGAGCCGGUCACCAUUCCCUGUGGACACAAUUACUGCAAAAGCUGUAUUGUGGGAUGUUGGGAGCAGGAGGUGCAGAGAGGAAAGUACAGCUGUCCUCAGUGCAGAGAGGAGUUCAGUCAGAGGCCUGUGCUGAGGAGGAACAACAUGCUGGCUGAGGUUGUUAAGAAGCUGAAGAGGACGAGCACCCAGCAGGCUUCUCCUCCUGCUGCUGUGACCUGCGCCGGCCCGUCAGACGUCGCCUGUGAUUUCUGCUCUGGGACGAAACCCAACAAAGCCACCAUGUCCUGCCUGAAUUGUCUGGCGUCUUACUGUCCGACUCACCUCCGGCCUCACUACAGUGUUCCUGUGUUGAAGAAGCACCAGCUGGUCUCUGCUACAGUCCCACUGCAGGAGAAGAUGUGCACGAAGCACAACAAGCUGAUGGAGGUCUUCUGCCAGACGGACAAGACGUGCAUCUGUUAUCUGUGUAUUAUAGAUGAGCAUAAAGGCCACAGUACAGUGUCAGCUGCAGCAGAGAGGGCUGAGGAACAGAAACAGCUGACUGUGAGUCAAAAGAAAGUCCAGCAGAGAGAAAAGGAGCGAAAAAAGGAGCUGAAUAAGCUGAUCCAAGCUCUGAAGGAGUACAAGAGCUGUUGUGGAACUGCAGUGAGGACCAGCGACAAGCUCUUUGAUGGGCUGAUCGCCUCCAUUAAGAAGAAACGCACUCUGGUGAAGCAGCUGAUGAAAAACCAGGAGAAGACUGCCGUCGCUAAGGCUGAAGAGCUGCAGCUGAAGCUGGAGGACGAGAUCAGCAAGCUGAGGAGGAGGGACUCUGAACUGGAACAGCUUUCCCAUGUGGACGACAACAUCCACUUCAUUCAGACGUUCCGGUCCCUCUCCGCCUCCUGUGAAUCUCCGGACCUGCCUCCUGACCCCGUGGUUCGACCUCAGCACUCCUUCGAAGCCGUGACCGGUUGUGUGUCUGAUCUGUGGGGUCACGUGGAGAAGCUCCUGACGGACACGUGGCCCAGGAUCUCUGUCACAGCGUCUGCUGUAGAUGUUGUGAUGCCACCUGUGCCGAAGACGAGAGAGGAGUUUUUACGCUAUUGCUGUCGUCUGACACUGGACGUGAACUCGGCCUACAUAUAUUUGUCCCUUUCACAAGACAACCGGCGGGCGACGAGUUCAAGCAACAAGAACUAUUAUGGUUCCCACUCAGACAGGUUUACAGGUAUCCAGCAGGUGUUGUGCAGAGAGGGUUUGUCAGGACGAUGUUACUGGGAGGUUAUCUGGAGUGGAUGCACUUGUUCUGUGGCGGUGUCAUACAAAGACAUCAGCAGAUCGUCUACUGACUCAGAGUUUGGAAAUAACAAGAAGUCGUGGAGUUUAGACUGCUCCCAACAAGGCUACUCUUUCCGACACAAUAUGAGAAGCAAAACAGUGUCAGGGCCUCAGUCCUCCAAAAUUGGAGUGUAUCUGGACUACAGAGCAGGUACUUUGUCCUUUUAUAGCAUCUCUGACACGAUGACUCUGCUCCACAAAGAAAACACCACGUUCACUCAGCCUCUCUACCCUGGCCUUGGGAUGAAGGAUGUUUUGUCGUGGUCAAGCAGUGGAUCUUAUGCAGAACUGAUCAAACUGUUGUGAUGAAACACAUAGUGUAGAUGGACACCAUAUGACAGAUGAGAAGAUGUGAUUUUAAUUUGAAAAUCUGAAAAAUCUUGCAAAUUGUGAAAAUGAACAUUGAGUCCUCGCCACGCCAAAAUGUCGAGGUACUGUCAUGUCGCCGUCAGCACUCUGUGGGGCUCAGAAUUAUGUCAGUCAUUCAGAAAUUAGAAAAUCUGUGGGCGUGAAUGUCGGGGAACGAUUUCAAGCAAAUUAACAAGGUCAAAUGAUCACCAUGCAAUCAGGGCUGGUGCUCAGUGUUUUCUGUUGUUGCAGAGUUUUUGCCAAUUUUCUCUGUAUCGCCUAAAAAUUAGCGGCUACUGUUGAGAUGCGGAAUUGGUUUAAAAACAAACAAACAAAAACAAACCCUUCAGAUUUUUUCAUGUUCAGUUAUAUGUAUAUUAUCAGAAUUCUGUAUAUGUGGAACAGUCUGUUUGGAAUGUUUUUUUUUUUACAGUGUUUUUUGUUCAUUAUUUUAUGAGUUAACAGAUAAAUAAACACUUU